AUGGAAGAACUACAGAAUAAGCAUCGCAAAGAGCAGAGAGAUCUGCAAGGACGCAUCACCCAGAAGAAGAAGAACGCUACCAAGAAGACCAGGAAAGGGGUCAACGAUGAAUGUGAUAGGCUUCAGAGGGAACUCCAAGAUCGUCAACAGGCUGAAAUGGAUGCUCUCUCUGUUCCACUAGACAAUGACCAGCUCGAUUCAUUUCACAGCGAAGAGGAGACAAAGCAAGAAAAGAUCGAGUCCUCUUGUAAGCCUACCGGCAAUGCGAAUGGGAAGCCUGCUGAUCUUAGUUCAUCCCAUGAAUGCUCUCCCACCUUACAGCAGGCAUCUAAGAAGCCAAAUCGACAGAAGGCACGGCUUGCUCGCAGGGCAGCAGAACAAGAAGCUCAAGCCGCACAGGCGGCUCAGGAAGCAGCAAAGCUGCCUGAUUUAAGGAAACAAGAGAUCGAAAAUAUGCAGAAGCAUUUUGACAAGCUCGGGCUCAGCGAGACUUUCAUUCGGCCCGAUGGGCAUUGCAUGUAUUCUGCGGUUGCCAUGCUACUUCCAAACAUUAGCUCAGAUCUAGACAGAACCGAGUCCAACGGUGUGCUGCCAUACCAGGCUGUGCGGGCUAAAACAGCCGAAUUUAUCUCUCAGCAUCCGGACGACUUCGAGCCAUUCCUGGAAGAACCGAUCGACGAGUACACGAACAAGAUCAAGCAUACCGCCGAAUGGGGUGGUCAGCUUGAACUGCAAGCAAUUUCGAGAGCCUAUGAAAUUGACAUUAAUGUACUACAAGCUGAUGGAAGGGUGGAGAAGAUCGAUUCUGGAAGGGAGUCGGAGACUGGUGCGAUAUGGCUUACGUAUUACCGGCAUUCCUUUGGUCUCGGUGAACACUACAACGCAUUAAAGAAGGCUCCUUGA